GGAAGAGCGAAAGUGAAGAUCUGAAGCAUACGAGAUGACAUUUCGCAGGUGCUAAGGAUCACUGUUGUACUCCACCGAGUUAAGCUAUAUAAAGAAGAAUCCGAAAGAGAAGACAGUGAAGGUUCCCAACAGAGCCAAGUUCGUCCACUCACUGAUUCAGUACAUCCUUCAGUACAACAUGAGAUUUUUUAAUACCUCAUCCACUUCGAAUCAAAGCAACAAUUUUACAAGCGAGGGAUCAUCGACAAGCAAGGAUGGGAUCGGAGUUGUGUCAUUUAAAUACUGUGUGAUUCUGAUCACUAUUACCGCGACUAUAGUGGGGAACACUUUGAUCUAUGCAGCCAUAGCAAAGUUUCAAAUGCUUCGAACUCCAACAAACAUCAUCUUAGUGAGCCUAGCAAGCACGGAUCUAGCUAUGGUUCUAGUGAUGUCGCUACAUGCUAUUACAGAUUUAUCAGAUUAUUGGAUAUUUGGAGAACUUUGGUGUGACAUUGUAGCCACUUUGGGCCUUGUUCUGGCACUCGUCUCUAUCCUUCACCUCUGUGUUUUAAGUAUAGAUCGUUAUCUUGCCAUCAAGACUCCUCUACGCUACCCUUUGACUGUUACUAAGAGAAGAGUCUACAUGUGUCUUGUCUUUAUUUGGACCUUCCCUACGAUUUUUCUCAACCUUCCUGUAGCCGAUUAUCACUUUCGUUCUGAGGUGUACGGUUGUGGGACUGCCUAUAGAGUUUCAGAGUCAUUCAAGUUUAAACCUUAUAUCUUUGUUGUGGUUUUUUUGUUUGUCGUUGUCCCAUUUGGGAUAAUGCUCUACACGCAUGCCUUUGUGUUUCGCAUUGCUCUUACUCAUGUCAAACGACUCAGCACCGUGGAAAGAAGCCUACGAACAAGAGGAGAAGAAACAGAAAGCACACAGCGACGAACACAACCAGUUAUGUCCGUCAAACGAGAAAUAAAGUCUGCGAAAACAUUCGCAUUGGUCAUAGGAGUAUUUCUAUUCUGUUAUACGCCGUUUUUUGUAACAGGAACUUAUCGCAGAGUGGCAGGUCCUGAAGCUAUUCACAACCUUGCUACAUUUAUUACAACUUGGCUGGCGUUUGCUAAUUCUUUUAGCAAUCCUUUGGUGUACAGUCUCAGGUAUUCGCCUUUUAAGAAAGCAUUUAGGAAGCUUUGUCGCUGCGAAAAAGGACGAGGACGAGGAAAUGGAAAAAUGAGUAUAUCGGGUUCUCGGAAAUUAUCACCAACUCAAGCAGGGCAAUGUGAAUCUAGAGAACCGAAAGAAAACGCUCCAAACACCUAGAAAAAGGAAAGCUGCUCGCAUCUUUUCGCAGAGAAAGUAUAAAAUACAUUUUAAUAUAUUACGAAAAUACACUCUUGUAGUUUAUUGAAAGGAAGAAUAACUAAGCUAAAUAAAUCCGAUUUUCAAUCAAAACUGAAACAGACUCAUGUGACGAAAACUUUCAUCUUGAUUUUUCCACUGCGGCUUCAACAGCCGAAAUAAAAAUAGCUCUUUUUCCACGAGUUAGUUUCAUUUACAAGGUUAAUUACUUUCUCAUUCAGCUCUUUGCCUUGAAGAGUCGAAAGUCAACAACACGAGCAUACGACAAAAAAAAAAAAAAAAAAAAGAAAGAAAAAAAUGAGGAAACUGGUGAAGAAGGAAGCCAUAACUUCUUCCAUAUUAUUCACCAUAGCUCUUGGUAUGGACAAAUUUACAAUUCCAUUCGUGUUGUCUUAAUACGAAAGAGUUUGAAAACAUUAAAUUAAAUAGAAGAUUUUUAGAAACCAAUUGAAUUGUCUUAUUGCAGCCGGAGAGCGUGUUAUCAGCUGUCAUUUUACUCAGCAGUCUCCGACAUCCAAUGAAAUUAGAUUAUAGGUAAUUUUUGGUGUGAAUGUCAGAACGGAGACGUCGAAAUUUGCAUCGCUUAACCAAAUUGAUCAUAUUAAUAAUGAGUUACUUGGAAAAGAUUCUAUGAGUCAUAAUUGAAACUCUAAAUAGCCGAGUAGACUGAUGAAAAGAUUAGAAUGUAGGUAAACUUUUUUGGAGAAAGUUCAGAAUUUAAUGCUAAUAUUGACUGUGUGAUAGGAAGAACAGCCGUUAAUCCUACGAAAGAUACGAAGAGGCGAUGGAGUUCAAUGUAGACUUGAAACAAAAUCACGAAAGGAAUGCUAGAACUAUUCUUAACUAUUCUUAAGUAUGAAUUACGAGGUUUUCACCACGUAUAAUAUUAACUAGAACAUAGAUAAUCCAGUUCGAGCUAGGGGUUUAGCUAGCCACAAGACCUUGGUCCACUCGAAAACGGUUUGCUUUUAGUUGCUAAGGAAACGGAGACGACAGGCAAUGAAAAAUUUGUUUGCACUGAACGUCUUAAAGUAAAAUACAAAUAAAGUCAUGACAAAUUUGA